UUCAGCGUUUGAAUCCGAGUGAAGAAAUGCCCGAGCAGCAGAAAUCCGCUCCCAAGAAGGGCGCCAAGAAAGCUUUGCCCAAACCAGCGGGCAAGUCUGGCAAGAAACGCAGGAGGGUGAGGAAGGAGAGUUACUCCAUCUAUAUCUACAAAGUGAUGAAGCAGGUUCACCCCGAUACCGGCAUCUCCUCCAAGGCCAUGAGCAUCAUGAACUCGUUCGUGAGCGAUAUUUUCGAGCGCAUCGCGGGCGAGGCUUCCCGGCUGGCCCAUUAUAACAAGCGAUCGACCAUCAGCUCCCGGGAGAUCCAGACUGCCGUGCGCCUGCUGCUGCCUGGGGAGCUGGCCAAGCACGCCGUGUCGGAAGGGACAAAGGCGGUGACCAAGUACACCAGCUCCAAGUGAAGAGUGCCCAGAAAACACAGCGGAAACCCAACGGCUCUUUUAAGAGCCACUCACAGAUUCACUGAAAGAGUUAAUACGUAAUAUUUAACAUUAACCAGUGACCCAAAGCCAUUGAAUUGAAGUAAAUAUGGAAAUUCCUUUCCUUUUUAUAUGAGCUAAUUCAAGUUUUAUUCAUGUUCGGUAUAACCCCGAGGUCUUUGUUUCUACUAUACACACGGGAACAUCAC